AUGCGUCCUGACAUAAGUGUUCAUGCAUCUCAAGGUGAAGAAUCCAUUGAAGAUGACUGAUUUUGAGAGCUCAGACGAAGAAGGUAUUUAGUCCAAAGAUAUCGAUCUCACUGAAAAUUCCGUUGUCGAACAAAUCGAAGCACCUAUUGAAAAACCAGACCCUGAAAUCAAAUAUGAGCUGCAAGAAUUAAUUGAAGGACACUUGGCAUUUGGACUUAUCUAUCACAGACCUAUUUUCUCAAGAGUCGCAAGAGUAUUCACCUUAAUCGUUGCUAUCGUCUUUGAGGUAUUAUUAGAAGGCUUAUUGUAUUAUGGUUCAGAAGACAUUAA